UCUGCCCCUGCGGAGUAUUCUCGGAGGGUGUGUCAAUACUCUUUCUCUGAUAUCGGUAAUUGGUGUAGGUGAACAGGAUAUAAAGGAUAUCGCAAUCGUGUUUUGAAAAUGUACGUCUUGAGAUGACGGCGCCUUCUGUAAAAAAGCUUCCUAAAGACUUUCUGUGGGGUUUCGCAACGGCGUCGUUCCAAAUCGAGGGCUCUACGUCUGUUGAUGGGCGCGGUCCCUCCAUCUGGGACGACUUUGCCAAGACGCCAGGCAAAACCCUUGACGGACGCGAUGGUGAGGUUGCUACGGAUUCGUACCGUCUGUGGAAGGAGGAUGUCGCCCUAUUGGUCAAGUAUGGCGUCAAAGCAUACCGUUUCUCUAUCUCCUGGAGUCGAGUAAUUCCUUUAGGCGGUAGGGAUGAUCCGAUUAACGAGAAGGGUAUCGAGUUCUAUAACAACUUGAUUAAUGAGUUGUUAAAAAAUGGUAUCGUUCCGUUCGUCACGUUGUAUCAUUGGGACCUCCCUCAAGUUUUGCACGACCGCUAUGGCGGAUGGCUCAACAAGGCGGAAAUCACAAAGGAUUAUAUGCGAUAUGCUAGGGUGUGCUUUGAGGCAUUCGGCGAUCGCGUGAAAUACUGGCUUACCAUAAACGAGCCCUGGUGCAUCUCGAUCCUAGGUUAUGGUCGAGGUGUUUUCGCUCCUGGAAGAUCCAGUGAUCGGGCACGAUCCCCCGAGGGUGAUUCUAGUCGAGAGCCAUGGACUGUUGGUCACAAUGUACUCCUCUCCCAUGCUUCCGCCGUGAAGCUCUAUCGGGAAGAGUUCAAGCCGACGCAAGGCGGUAAAAUCGGGAUAACUCUCAACGGUGAUUGGCAGAUGCCUUGGGACGACAGCCCUGAGAAUAUGGAUGCAGCUCAGCAUGCCCUUGACACGGCAAUAGGCUGGUUUGCUGACCCGAUUUAUCUGGGUGAAUACCCGCCGUACCUGCGUCAGAUGCUUGGACAUCGUCUGCCACAGUUUACGGAUGAGGAGAUUGGGUUAGUGAAAGGGUCGUCCGAUUUCUAUGGGAUGAAUACAUAUACCACAAAUUUAUGCCGGGCGGGCGGGGACGACGAGUUUCAAGGAUUGGUAGAUUACACGUUCACGAGGCCGGACGGGUCUCAGCUGGGAACUCAAGCUCAUUGCGCGUGGUUGCAAGACUACCCUCAAGGAUUCCGAGCUUUACUCAAUUAUCUAUGGGAUCGGUACCACAUGCCCAUAUAUGUCACGGAGAACGGGUUCGCCGUUAAAGACGAGGAUGCCAUGCCUCUGCAGCAAGCUUUGCUUGACCACGACCGGGUACAGUAUUUCCGCGGGAUAACUUCGGCAUUGUUGGCAGCCAUUCAUGAAGAUGGUGUAGACGUGCGAGGGUAUUUUCCUUGGAGUUUCCUGGACAACUUCGAAUGGGCUGAUGGGUAUAUCACGCGCUUUGGUGUGACAUAUGUGGAUUACAAGACGCAAGAAAGGUUCCCAAAGGAGUCGGCGAAGGAGCUUGUCAAGUGGUUUAAAGAACAUUCGUCGGACGAGGACACUUUGACAUCAAAACCUGGAAGUGUUAAGUCGAACGAUAAGCCUACAAGCGUCCACGAUGCUGCUAGUCCUGAGACCUCGUCGCAGCCGAGUUCACUUAUGAGCAGGAUUAAAGCGUAUGUGACACGAUAUGUCAAUGCUAUAAUCUUGCGUUUGAUCCAGGUGAAUCGCCGAUGAAACUCGUUAUUGUUUCCUUUUCUUGUACGCCUAGCAGGUAUAAUGUAAUUUACAACCUCUCUCGUUUUGUUGUGAUAGGCAGAUAAAGUUCUUAUAAAACUAUUCGCCUAAGUAACGGGGGCACUUGGCACAGUUGGUAGCGCGCACGCUUCGCACUAUGACUGCGUGAGGUCGUGGGUUCA